UCCAUAGCAUAAACAGCUGGGCUGGCAGGUUACGUCGAUUUUUGUUACGAAAAUUUGAGGAAAUUUUGUCCAAGGCGUGCUUGAAUUAAAAACAAACACAGAAUGUCCAACAGUCAUUUGUUUUUAAAGUCUGGCUUCCCACGGGCUCCCCUGCAGAAUGGACUGGGACGUUACGUCUGCCAACUGCAGCGAAUCACGCUUAAAUUCUGCAAGAACAAUGGCUCCAGCAAAGGCAUGCGAGAUUUCAUCGAGAACCACCUGGUGGACUUUGCCAAGGAAAAUCCCGGAAUUGUGGUCUAUGUGAAGCCGCGUCGCCACCGCACACCAGUUUUGGUUGGCGAGUAUUUGAAUGGUGAUCGCGAGUGGCUGAGCUGCCGCAACAGCAGCCAGGAGGAUAUAACCAAGUGGGUCGACCUAUUAAAGACACAAAACGGCUCCUCCAGCUCAUUGCGUCUGCGUAAAAUGUGGCACACUGAUGUACCAUCGAUCCAAGGGCCCUGGACGCCGUUCAUGUUACGCUCCCCCGAAGCCCUCGGCCAGCAAUAUCCCAGUGUUGAGGCAUCUAAGCCGCUGGAUGCGCCACAAACUGCCACCGAGAAGCUCAUUGAACUGUUCCGGCAGCAGCAACUGGAGACUGAGGAUGUGUUAAGCCAAAAACGUGCAGAGUGAGCAAGGGAGGUGCAGGUGUAGGUGUAGUAUUUAAGAAUGAAACAAACCUAGUUGAUUUUUGGUAAUUGUUGCUUUUAUUUUCUUACACAACAUAAUGCUGUUGGUAAAACAAUAAAUAUUUAAUAUCUAAA